AUGCAAAGUGAUGCCUUGCAAAAGCUUAUUGAUUCCCAGUCUGCUUUUUUGGACAAAAUAUCGACUAAGCAACAACUAGCCGUGCGACUACCGCCCGUUACUCCCUCAGAUAAUAGAGACUCGUCAUCUUCUACGAAUUUACCUAUUACACCUGUAUCUUUAUCUUAUUGGUAUGAAAUAAAACACUUGCCCCUGGCUGACCCACAUUUCGAUACGCCUAAAUCUAUCGAUAUACUAGUUGGUAGUGACUGUUUUUGCACCUUACUGCGAAAUGGACAAAUUAAGAAACAUGAUCACGUUAUUGCACAAAACACCGCCCUUAAUUGGGUGUUGUGUGGUCGCAGUACUCUUAGUACUCAUAAUGACUAUAGCCUUUGCAACUUAACCAACCAAAUCGUUUUUAACGAAGACUUAAAUCAGACUUUACGUAAUUUUUGGGAAAUUGAGAAUAUUCCUACGGUUAAGCUUCCUUUAACUAGCGAGCAGCAACGAGCAGAGGAUAUCUAUACUUCAACAACGAUUCGUAUUGAUAACGAAAGAUAUAGUGUAAGACUACCCUUUAAGACGUCCAUUCCUGACAUUGGAACUUCGUAUUCCGCUGCAUUAAGAAGAUUGCAUUCCAUGGAACGUAAAUUCAAAGACAACGUGACAUUGAAACAGGCCUAUGUCGCAUUCGUGCGUGACUAUCUGACGUCAGGACACAUGGAGCUCAUGCCGUCAUUAAACACGCCAAACCUUGUGUAUCUUCCACACCAUGCUGUGAUAAAAGGUGACGGCCUAACCACAAAACUACGUGUAGUUUUUGAUGGCAAGACAAAUAAUGGGACAUCUUUUAACGAUAAUCAACUGAAGGGUCCGAUAUCUCUGUAA